CACUCCGUCACUCGGCUUUCCUGUCCUUCCCAGGCUCCCUGGCUCGGCGCUCCUCUGCUCUCCCCUGCCGGUGCCAAUAUGGAGUCGCAGUGCGACUACUCGAUGAUCUUCCCGGCCUGCCCCCUCCUGCCCUCAGACCUGCCAGUUCGGUACCGGGCGUUGCCCAGGCGAAACCACCUCUACCUCGGAGAGACGCUGCGCUUCUUGCUCGUGCUGCGGCUCCGGAGUCCCGGGGAGAAGAACCAGGAAAGGGCGGGGACAGAGGCCUCUGCGCCGGGGGAGGCUUCUCAGGAAAGUCCGGGGCCUGAGGCCUUUUCUUGGGCCCCUCUGGCGGCUUCGCUUUCGGCCUUGGCCAGUGUUUGUCUCGGGGAGGAGGAAGCGGAGGAGGAGGAGGAAGAGGAGAGCGGGGACAGUCCGGCGGGGUAUCGGGGGUGUAAAGCAAUUCUGAGCCAACAACAACCCCCGCCCGGGGCAGCGCCUUCUGGGACCCCUGUUACAGAUCCAGUCGUGUCCAGUGACGAGGUUAUAUUCCCUCUGUCUGUCUCUUUAGAUCGUCUCCCACCUGGGACAGUCAAAGCCAAGAUAGUGGUGACGGUGUGGAAACGGGACACAGAUCACUCGCUCGUCAAAACCUUUGGAUAUCGGUCAUUGUUACAGAAUUCAACCCCGGGCCAAAUCUUCAGAGAAGAACAGGGCAACUUCAAGGCUCAAGUGAGUACCCUCCUCACCGUGCUCCCACCUCCCACCCUCAGGUGCCGUCAGAUCAAUGUGGCCGGGAAACACUUCACUGCUCUAAAAGUACUGAACACCUCUUCUCAGGAUGAACUCAGCAUCUGUGACGUGCGCAUCCUCCCUAACUUCAAUGCCAAUUACCUGCCCGUCAUGCCGGAUGGAUCUGUGCUGCUGGUGGACAACGUGUGUCACCAGUCAGGAGAUAUCAGCAUGGCCUCCUUCCUGCGUUUGCACAGCGGGUCCUCCCAACUUCCCAGCAGGCUCUGCUCCCUGGAGGAGCACAACUUCUUGUUCCAGCUAAAGGCUGGUGAGCGCCCCCCUGAGGAUGCUAAGGAGGGUCUGGAGGUUCCCCUGGUGGCUGUAGUUCAUUGGUCGACUCCAAAGCCCCUCACAUCUGGCAUUUAUACCCAUUAUAAGCUCCCGAGCAUCAGACUGGAGAGGCCACGUUUUGUGAUGACGGCCUGCUGUGACUCUCCUGUCCAGACACACAAACCUUUCCGGGUCACCUACACGCUGCUCAACGACCUGCAGGACUUCUUGGCCGUCAGACUCGUAUGGACCCCGGACACUAACACGACUUCUGGAGGCAGGAGCAGCUCAGAGGAGGACUGGCGCUUGACAAAAGCUGUUCAGGAAGCCGUCGUCUGUCACACUCCAAUCAACAGCCUGGGGUUUUGCCGAAAGGGCAGCUCCGUAACAGUCGGGGUUACGUUCAUGGCUCUGAGAAGUGGCCUUUUCGAGCUGAGUCAGCAUAUGAAAUUAAAGCUUCAAUUCACUGCCAGUGCUUCCCAGCCCCCCCCAGACGCUCGGCCUGUGUCCCGACGGAGCAGUCCCAGCAGCCCAGCCCUCAGGGAUCUGGAGAGGCAGCAGCAGAGUGGGGUUCUGGGACGCUCUCAGUCCUUCUCCCACCAACAGCCUACUCGUGGUCAGCUGAUACGGACCGGCAGUGUGAUGGAGCGCCGUGCAAUAACCCCACCGGUAGGUUCCCCCCUGGGACGACCCCUCUAUCUGCCCCCAGAGAGAGCAACGCUAUCGUUGGAUAAAAUCGCAAAACGCCAAUGCAAGGUACUAGUUGUGCAUCCCGUUCAGUGAUUACCCAGUAUCCUCUGCAGCAGAACGGAGAUCAGCCAAUGACUGAACUGAAAUAGGAACAUGGAAUUUGGGGUACGGCCUGAGACACACAGGACUGAGGAGAAAAAUGAACCAGCGGUUCUUAUGUACUACUGAUAUAUAUAUAUAUAUAAAUUGGGGGAGAGAGGGGGCGAAAGGGCCAAUCUUGUCCAUUCCCCUCUCUUACAAGCUUUUCCUUUCCUUUAUAAUGUUUACAUUUCUGGACAUUUCAUUGGGUACCUAAGCAAAAGAAAAAAAUCAAGUAUUUUAACAUAAAAGAAGGGCCGAUUCUCAGGAUCACUUAGUUGGAGCUGCCAUGGAGGAUACUAGUCGUGCUGUAAUAAUACAUGCUAUUUAUGUCUGUGACCAAAGGAAACGCCGAUGGGUUUACACCCCCUAAUAUACUCACUACUGAACCAUCCCCAAAUCUUAUUAUGGAAAAUGGGGGGGAUGCAGCGCUCCUCUUGCACAAUAAGAUGCACCAGGUAGAGACACUGUUAUUAUUAUUAUAUAUAUCUGUCUGUAACUGGAAUAUCCAAGGCUAAAACUUGAAUUGCAGCUGCACGUAUUGUACCAAUUGCCAAUAUUGGGGGGAGGGGAGGAGCCCCCCCCCCCAAAACCCGCUCAUUCUCACUCCACCUCUCCUGCCGAUACUUGAUUCAUUUCUGUGACCCACAAACCGCAGACACCGGGAGUUUUAUAAGUUUUUAUAUGUUACGUUUUCUCAUGUGUUGCGGCCGCGCACUUUAUGUUUUAAUAAAUGUCUCUAAUUUAUUUUGAACAAAGGCAAAAAAAUAUAGUGAGAUUUAAAGGAAAA